AUGGUGGCGGAGCAUGGCAAUGAGCUACCUGAUAGCGAGACGCCUGGCGAGCAUCUAAGAGUGACGACGCCUACCUCCUCCGCGACCACGUCUGGCUGCACCAUGGAUGGGGAUAUGCCUUUUACGGCACAUGUUAUGCAGGAUUCAGCUGGGACUGAUUUCUCCGUGCGUGUGUCAGCGAUCUCUACACCACUCAGCUCAUGUGCGAGGCCUGUACAUAGCGGUGAGGAGGCUGCGGAGGACUUGACGAUGAUGGCGCCGGAGAUCCAGCUGGACGUCUGCAUGGACGGCACCUGCCGCGGCGUGGUGGACACUGGCACCUCACACCUGGGAGUGCCCGCUCCCUGGGACAAGGAGGUGGAGAAACGUCUCAAACGAGAAGCCGGGGAUCUGUUGGAUUGCCGAAAUGCGGAGGCUCCCGAGAUAGAGAUUGAGCUGCAUGAGGGCAAGGUCAUUACCUUGUAUCCCUUCAACUACAUGCGUCGCCUGCCGCUGCGGGAGGGUGUCUCAGUGGGAUCAUCAGGAGGUGUGCAGCUGAAGCAGGCCGCGACUCCUUCAUCGGAGUCUGUGGUGCUCCUGCAAGGAGAUGGCAUGGCAGCUGCGCCAUCACCUCCCGUGUCGGCACAGGGGAAUAACUCCGAACUGCCGGUGGAGCGGCAUUGCAGCCCCAGACUCAUGGCAGUGAAGCUGCCAGAGCCCCUGGGCCCAAAGCUUUUCAUCCUUGGAGAACCUGUGCUUCAUCGUUACUACACCGUCUACGAUUGGGAGCAGACAAAGGUGGGCUUCGCAUUGGCCAAUAGCCGGCAGAACUCAUUGGAUCCCACGGCCCUCCGCGGCCAGAAGGGUGAACUGCCCAAGGAGGUGGAUAUGCUUCUCAUGCAGCAGCAGAUGAAGGUGACCCGAAGCAAGGUGGUGGACGGGGAUUUGGAAGAGGAAACGCUCUUCCUACAGGUGCAGGUGCACGUGACGCUCAAGCCGAUGUAG